CCUAAGAUAGCUAUCACCAUAUACCCUGGAAACUACACUUGGUAUGCUCACCAUGAAGGGAGGGGUAAAAACCUAGGUAACUUUUCCAAAGGUUACUGUGCUUCUUACAGUCAUGUCCCGGCCAACUUAGUACAGAAUCAAAGUCAAUCCUUGGGGGAUGUGUAUUGGGUAUGUGGAGACAUGCAAGUGAGGACCAGGUUGGAGGGGCAAUGGAAGGGAGAAUGUGCCCUUGCAAAGGCCAUCAUGCCUCUGCACAUCCUAACGGAAGGUACUCACAACACACAGGGUAAGAGGACAAAAAGGGAAGCCCUUCCGGGAAGUUUUGACCCUCAUGUGUAUUUAGAUGCCAUUGGAGUUCCAAGGGGGGUCCCUGAUGAAUUCAAGGCCCGAGACCAGGUAAAAGCAGGUUUAGAGGCCCUAAUCCCCAUAAUAACUGUUAGCAAAAAUGUAGAUUGGAUAAAUUAUAUAUAUUACAAUCAGCAAAGGUUUGUCAAUUACACGAGAGAUGCAUUCCAGGGAAUAGCCGAACAGUUGGAGGCCGACUCUCAAAUGACUUUCCAGAACCGGAUGGCUCUGGAUAUGAUAUUUGCAGAGAAAGGAGGGGUUUGUACUAUGAUAGACAAAAUGACCAGCACCACUUGCUGUACCUAUAUUCCAGACAACACCGGUCCGAAUGGCCAAGUCACUGUAGCUCUUAAAAAGUUGAAGAGUCUGUCAGUUGAACUAAAGAAAAAUUCAGGCAUCACAGAUCCAUGGGACCAAUACUUCAGUUGGAUGAACGGGUGUCAGAGAAUUUUAACCCAAAUAGGAGUAACCAUAUUAAUUUUCCUAUUUCUCCUCGCUCUGGUAAUUUGUUGCAUACUCCCUUGUCUAAAGAAAUGUAUAGAGACACAUUCCACUACAGACAUUCCCAGUCUCACAUCAUGAAUAGGCAGGACGACAGGGACAGAUAGGGUAGGAACCUCGAGGCCACG